UAAUAGUGUAAUACCACUCGUUUCUCAACGUUUUCUCUUGAUAAAUUCUUUCCCUCCUCGAUCCUCAUCACUCUGUUUCCUUGUCUCUCUCUUAUUAUUAUUAUUAUUUUUUUAAAAUGCAGCGCCAGAAAUCUAUCCUCUCGUUCUUCCAAAAGUCGUCGUCGGAGAGCCAGAGCUCUGAUGACUCUUCAUACACUGACACGCUUUCCCGCCAGCAUCUCGUUCAGUUUCCGAGAAACCAACUGAAGCUCAACUCGUCGAAGUCUGAGCAAUCAAAUGCUCCUCCUUCGGCUAAGGAUCCCUGGUCCGAAGUUCGAGGAACAGAUACUCCGCCGGAAAAGUUACCGCGUCGGAUUUUCUCCACCGACCUUCCGGCGAAUGAUGAUAGCCGACCUUCACUGUUUUCUAGUAUUCUGCACAAGUUUGCGAGGGUUGAUGAACGGGAGAGCUCGCGUGAUCGGAACCAAGCAAAUGGUGGUUCCGCUGGUAGUUACUCAACAAAUAUUAAAAUUGGAGAUUGUCAAAAGUUGGCUCUGCAAGGAGCACCUUCUCAGCAUUCCCGUAAAGAUAAUCCUUCCAAUUCUAGUGUCACUUAUCGAGGGGAUGUUGCACAUGUUGAAAGUGCUCCAGAUAUAUUAGGUCCGGAGACACCAGCUAUGCGUCCUCUUGUUCCUCGUUUAAAGCGAAUUCAGGAGGACAGUUCUAACUUGGAGGAGAAGAAUGAUUCAUCUUUGUUUGAUCCUAACAAAAGAGUGAAGUUACUUCAGGAUUCAGAGACUGCAAAUAAGAACCAUAGGCAAGCAUCUGAAAUGACUACUAGUAAGUUUGAAUGGCUUGACCCUUCUUUGAUGAGAGAUGCUAAGGGAAGAAGGCCUGGAGAUGCUCUCUAUGACAAAAGGACGCUGUAUAUACCACCUGAUGCUUUGAAAAAAAUGUCAGCAUCUCAGAAACAGUAUUGGAGUGUCAAAUGCCAGUAUAUGGAUGUUGUUCUCUUCUUCAAAGUGGGGAAAUUCUAUGAGCUGUAUGAACUGGAUGCUGAGAUUGGUCAUAAAGAACUUGAUUGGAAGAUGACAUUCAGUGGGGUGGGUAAAUGCAGACAGGUUGGUAUUUCUGAAAGUGGAAUAGAUGAUGCUGUUCAGAAGCUACUUGCUCGUGGGUAUAAAGUUGGGCGAAUUGAGCAGAUAGAGACAUCUAAUCAAGCCAAAGCUAGAGGAGCUACUUCUGUGAUUCAAAGGAAAUUGGUGCAUGUAAUGACACCAUCAACCGUUGUUGAUGGAAGCAUUGGACCUGAAGCUGUUCAUCUUCUUGCUUUAAAACGGGGAACUGGUGGGUUAGAGAAUGGUUCGGUUGUAUAUGGAUUUGCAUUUGUUGAUUGUGCUACUUUAAAAUUUUGGGUUGGUUUGAUACAUGAUGAUGCUUCUUGUGCAGCUUUGGGGGCUUUGUUGAUGCAAGUUUCACCCAAGGAAGUAAUUUAUGAAGACACAGGGCUGUCCAGAGAAGCUCAGAAGGCACUCAAAAAGUAUUCUGUAGCAGGUUCUACUAAGUUGCAUUUGACUCCAAUGGCAUCAAUCACCAAUUUUGUGGAUGAAUCUGAAGUAAGAAAACUGAUUCAAAACAAGGGAUACUUUAAAGGGUCUACUAAAUUGUGGGAUUCUGUACUUGAUGGUGGUGUUCACCAUGACCUCACCAUAUGUGCCCUUGGGGGACUUGUUGGGAACUUAUCUAGGUUGAAGUUAGAUGAUGUUCUAUGUAAUGGGGAUGUUUUACCUUACCAAGUCUACAAAGGCUGCCUUAGGAUGGAUGGCCAAACACUGGUAAAUCUUGAGAUUUUCAGCAACAAUGCUGACGGUGGUCAAUCAGGUACUUUAUAUAAAUAUCUUGAUAACUGCACAACAUCAUCUGGCAAACGUCUUUUAAGGAGCUGGAUUUGUCAUCCACUAAGGGAUGUUGGGGAUAUCGAUAGUAGGCUUAAUGUGGUUGAGGAACUAGUAACACAUUCAGAAAUAACUUCCCUUGUGGCUCAAUAUCUUCGAAAGAUUCCUGAUAUUGAAAGGCUUCUUGGACGAGUGAAGGCUACUGUUGGGUCCUCAGCUUCACUUUUAUUGCCAAUGGUUGGGGAAAAAGUACUGAAACAACGAGUGAAAGUAUUUGGAUGUCUUGUUAAAGGAAUGCGUGUAGGAAUUGACUUGCUAAUGAUACUACAGAAAGAAGAGCAUUUGUUCUUGUCAUUGUCUAAAAUUAUGGUUCUUCCACUUCUAACUGGUAGCAAUGGGCUUGAUGAAUUUCUUACCCAAUUUGAAGCAGCUUUGGAUACCAAUUUUCCAAAGUAUCAGGAUCAUGAUGUGACAGAGUCAGAUGCCGAAACAUUAUCUCUUCUGGUUGAGUUAUUUAUUGAAAAAGAUACUGAGUGGUCUCAAGUCAUCCAUGCCUUGAAUUGCAUCGAUGUGCUACAAUCCUUUGCUGUUGCUGCAAAUUCUUCAUGUGGGUCUAUGUGUAGACCUGUUGUCUUGCCUGCUAAUUCUAGAUCUGUGACUGCUUGCCGGGAUAUUGGAGCACCUGUACUUAAGAUCAGAGGCCUUUGGCAUCCAUAUGCGCUUGGAGAAAGUGGGGCCACACUUGUCCCCAAUGAUGUACAUCUUGGUGAGGACACAAAUGGCUACUGUCCCCAGGCUUUGCUGUUGACUGGACCAAAUAUGGGUGGAAAGUCAACUCUUCUGCGUGCUACAUGUCUAGCGGUUAUAUUGGCUCAGCUGGGUUGCUAUGUGCCUUGUGAGAUGUGUGUUAUGUCACCUGCAGAUAUUAUAUUCACGCGGCUUGGUGCAACUGACCGAAUCAUGACAGGCGAGAGUACCUUUCUUAUCGAAUGCAUGGAAACAGCAUCAGUUCUUCAACAUGCCACUCAAGAGUCUCUGGUCCUUCUUGAUGAACUUGGUAGGGGAACAAGCACUUUUGAUGGAUAUGCCAUUGCAUAUGCUGUAUUCCGUCAUCUCAUUGAAAAGGUUCACUGCCGUUUACUGUUUGCCACUCAUUAUCACCCUCUCACAAAGGAAUUUGCUUCCCAUCCUCGUGUGUCACUGCAACAUAUGGCCUGCAGUUUUAAGUCAAAAUCAUGUAGCUCUAAAGACGACGAGGAACUGGUUUUUCUUUACCGGCUCACAUCAGGUGCAUGUCCAGAGAGUUAUGGACUGCAAGUAGCACUCAUGGCUGGCAUCCCAAGAGAGGUGGUUGCAGUUGCAUCAAAGGCUAGCCAGGCAAUGAAACAGUCAAUUGGCCAGAGUUUCAAGUCAAGUGAAUGUAGAUCAGAAUUUUCCAGUCUCCAUGAAGAAUGGCUGAAAACCCUGUUGGCUGUUGCAAGGGCUGGACACUGUAGUUUAGCUGAUGAUGAUGUGUUUGAUACUUUGCUUUGCUUGUGGCAUGAGUUGAAAAGCUUAUAUUGCUUGUGAUUGGCAUUACAUGAUGUAAAUAUGCACUGUAAAAUUGUAAUGAAGAAUAGGAAACAAAUGUUGAAUCAAUUUUCAAGUUUUUAUCUCCGACAA